AUCUUCCCAUUUAUUGAUCAACUCCAAAUUCAAGCAAAUUUUGGUUCCGAAACAUGAAAUCUCAAAGCAAACCCAUAUUCUCCUUUUCUUGUUUUUUGGUCUUGGUGAUUAUUCUCUUUUCACAUUCAUCAAAAUCCGUCAAAGCUCAGGAAGUUGAGGAUGAGAGCGAGUUUGAUUAUUCGAGAAGGAGCGAAAAGGGGCCCGAUCGCUGGGGAGAGCUGAAGAAAGAAUGGUCUGCUUGUAAGAAUGGAGGAAUGCAAUCUCCCAUUGAUUUGUCAAAUCAGAGAGUAAAGAUUAUUCCAAAGCUGGGCAAGCUCACAAGAAGCUACACACCUUCUAAUGCCACGGUCAAGAAUAGAGGUCAUGAUAUUUCGAUUCAAUGGCAUGGUAAAGCAGGCUCAAUCAAGAUCAAUGGCACCGAGUACUUCCUCCAACAAGCGCAUUGGCACUCACCUUCCGAGCAUACCAUUAAUGGCAGGAGGUUUCAUAUGGAGCUACAUAUGGUUCACCAAAGCACAGAUAAGACCGUUAAAAAUAAUAUUGCGGUUAUUGGUGUCCUCUACAAACUUGGCCGUCCUGAUUCUUUCCUCUCUAAGUUGAUGAAGGACAUAACAGCAAUAAGUGACAAAAAGGAAGAGAAACAUAUGGGGAUUAUUGAUCCAUCAGAGAUCAAGUUGGGAGGCAAAAGGUAUUAUAGAUACAUGGGAUCAUUAACUGUCCCUCCUUGUACCGAAGGUGUAAUUUGGACCAUCAGUAAAAAGAUUAGGACAGUCUCCAAACAACAAGUAGAGCUACUUCGAGUUGCUGUGCAUGAUUAUGCCGAGGAAAAUGCAAGGCCGGUGCAACCGAUCAAUCGCCGAGACAUCCACUUGUUCGACGGCAAAAAUCCAGCAUAAUUUCAUCAAGUUUAGGUCCAAAUCACAUUAAUUUUGUUUAAUUACAAUAUAUUAGUGUUUGCAUGUUAUU